AUCCAUUCAUUAUUAGGACGCCAGGCUCGACGCGUCAACCUCAGCUUAAACAAUCGCGCUAUUUGGCAGAGCGCCUUUUGUAUUGACAACCGUGUUGACCAUGACUUACACGCAUCUUCUCCCUGGGAGCCUAGGGAUCGUCGCCUAGAGCCAUCCACCGUGAGAAUUGAGCAAGAUGAGAUGGGCCAAAAAUCAAACCCAACAUUAAAUAUCCCUUGUUGUCCACCACCAUGCUUUCAGCUGCCAAACUGGCCCAGACCUUGAAACUGGCCGAGCUCAAGACUUUAGCAACAUUAUGUGGUGUAUCCUCGUCUGGCACCAAGGCGAGCUUGGCUCAGCGGCUUCAAAGCUCAGUCUCUGGUGUGACGGUUGAAAGUGGCAUGCCAGCAUCAGAACAGCGCAUCUUAUCCGUGGACAUGGGAAUCCGCAAUCUGGCAGUUUCGUUUCUUACUACAUCGUCCAAGUUCAAGAGCGACGGGCUUGGGCCACGCACACCACCACUUGGUGUCACAGUCAAUUCAUGGAGUCGCGUUGAUCUCACACGCUUGAUGGGAGACGUACAGACGGACGAAGAUGCAUGGAGCCCCGACGUAAUGUCUGAUAUGACUCUUGAUCUGGUCCAGAAUCUAUUUUUGAGCACGGAGAAAUCGCCGACUCAUAUCCUCAUCGAGAGACAGAGAUUCAGAAGCGGUGGCGGUUCAGCGGUCCAGGAAUGGACCUUGAGAGUCAACACCCUCGAAGCCAUGAUUUACUCGACACUAAAAACGAUGAAGUCUUGCGGUCAUUGGAAGGGUAAAAUCAUCCCGAUUGUACCAAAAAGGGUAGGACCAUUUUGGGUUGAGAGUACGACUGAGAGCGAAGGUAUUUUGGACCAUGAUAAAAAGGCGUCGAAGUCCAAGAACUCCAAGGCUAGACAUAAGAAAGAGAAGAUUGACCUCAUUGGGAAGUGGCUGAUCCAAGGCGAGAUAAAGCCAGUUGGCCAGGCGGACAUCAUGGCAAAAUCCUAUCUCCAGCGCUGGCAAGGAAAACGAACCAAGAAAUCAACCAAAGAUGAAAAUUCUGACGGCGAUCGUUUGCAGAAACUCGACGAUCUCGCCGAUUGUCUGUUACAAGGACUAGCUUGGAUAAAGUGGCAGGAUAAUCAAAGAAUCCUGAUCAGUGGUGGCCCGGCGGCUCUCCUUGAAAAUUUGUCCUCUUGAGUAGUUCGUCAAUAGUCGGUGCGACGUCUGCGCAUUUAUCUUGCUUAGCUAUUACUACGAACGAGACACGCAUGUCAUGAGUUGUGUGUAUUGGGAGCAUAUAAAGCGACGAGUGUAAUAUCUUGCGCAAAAGCAAAUUUAAUUCAGGCAACCCCAAUUGCCUCGUCA